AUGGAUUGUGGGAUCCUCAACAUCAGAGACACCACCUGGCUGUCAGGACAGAGAGAAACCUCGGCGGGAGAGGAGGACAGAGAGGAGGACAGAGAGGAGGACAGAGAGGAGGACAGAGAGGAGGACAGAGAGGAGACGAAACAGCCCUCAGACAAAGCAUUCCCACACGGGAAGAAGAGAAAGAGUGGAGCAGAGAAUCCGAGACCAGCCAAGAAGACUGCAUUGAAAUCACAGGAGGCUUGUUUUCUGGCUCUGGAGAAAAAGGAAGAUGAGGAGGAGAAAAAGCCCAAGAAAAGGAGAAAGAAGAAGACGAUCACAGAUGUCCUGGCCUUGUCAGAACCCAAGCCGGGUUGCCCAGGCGACCUGCAGAGCUUGGUUCUAGAACACUUCAAAAACCAACGCUCAGUCAUCGAGCUGGAAGAGAUGAACCUGCAGAAUUCCUGCUUCCUGGCCUGUAAUGACCUCACUCACAGCCUUUCCUCCUACCUUAAAGAGAUUUGUCCCAAAUGGGCCAAGAUCCAAAAUAAGCACACAGAGAAGAGUUCUGUGGUAAUGCUCAUUGUAUGUAGCUCCGCCCUCAGAGUCAUCGAGGUCAUCAAACAGCUGACAACCUUCAAGGGAGAGGCCAAAGUCUUGAAGCUGUUUGCGAAGCACAUCAAGGUCGAGGAACAGGUGAAACUGCUCCAGAAGUCCGUAACACACAUCGCUGUUGGGACACCUGGAAGACUGACCGACCUCAUAAAAAGAGAGGGCUUGACUUUGUCGGCCCUACGCUUUCUGGUUCUGGACUGGAACUGGAGGGACCAGAAACUACGCAGGAUGGUGGAUGUUCCUGAGGUCAAAGGUGAUUUGAUGAAGCUUCUGGAUAUAGGCAUCACGAAAGCCUGUAGGGAAGGAAAAGUUAAAGUGGGACUUUUCUGAUGUACACACACACACCUACUGCCCUCAAUAAUCUUUUUUUUGCCAAAGAUGGACACAAACUCACCCAACCAUGUUAAAAUUGACCUCUUAUGAUCCUUCUCACUCUUUCAGACACAUGACACAUACCCACACACCAGACAGACAGACACACACACAC